AUGGCUCAGUCCACGACACCUUCCGAUUCUCUACCACUGCCCUCGGCCACUACCCAUGCCCCACAGACAUGGAUCAUAAUCGGCGCCUCUCGCGGCAUUGGGCUAGAGUUUUCGCGCCAGCUCCUCGCUCGCGGUGACCAGGUCAUUGCCGUUGUGCGAGAUCCGAUGAAGGCUGCCCAGCUGUGGCAGGUUCUGGGGGAAGCGAAGACGCCGGGCGCCGGGGUUAUUGAGCAGUGCGAUGUUACUAAGGAGGGCGAUAUUCUGGCAUUCGCAACACGGCUGAAGACACUUCUGGCCAAGGGCGUACGAAUAGAAAACGUCAUCCUGAACGCAGGGGUGCUCAAGUACCCGAACCGGGCCACUGAGAUAAGCUACGCCGACUUCGCACACCACCUCUACACCAACACCAUCGGCCCCAUAAUAUGCGCGCAAGAAAUCCUCAAGACGAUCGCGUCGUUCUCCUCUCCUUCAGUGACUCCUCCACCAAAGAAGAUCAUCUUCAUCUCCAGCGACAGUGGCUCCGCUACCUUAUUCCGAGACCACGAAGAUGGAUUCGGCGCGUACGCGGCAUCCAAAGCGGCGCUCAACCAGAUGUUGCGGCAUAUGGCUGCUGAAAUACGCCGGAAGGAGGAGGCAGAGCGGGCCAAGGGCAAGGAAGGCGUUGUCGGCGGCGCUGAUACCAAACAGGACAAUGACGCAUGUUGUGUACUGGCCUUGCAUCCCGGAGAGGUCGCGACAGACAUGGCGGACGUAGAGCUGGAUUGGGAGGUGGAGGGAAUCAUACAGCCGGAUGAGAGUGUGCGGGAGAUGUUGAAGGUGAUCGAGGUCCAAGGGGCCACGGGAUAG